GGCGGGUCCCUAUUGGUUGUCAGUCGAGAUCAUCUGAUUGCUUUGGUCAUGUGAUUGUAAACAGGAAUUGAAAGGGCCUUUAGAGUCUAGCUGAUGUUCACUUGCUCCUGCCAAGAGAGUACUUCUGGCGAGCGUCGUCUCAUGACUUGAAGAGCGGAGGCGGUGUCUGGCUGAAUUGAGCUCGCCGUCAUGGUGGACUUUCUGGCGGAGAAUAACUUGUGCGGUCAGGCCAUCCUUAGGAUUGUGUCCAGGGGAAAUGCCAUCAUCGCCGAGCUGCUCCGCCUCUCCGAGUUUAUCCCAGUGGUCUUCAGACUAAAGGACAAAAGUGAUCAACAGAAAUAUGGAGACAUCAUAUGCGACUUCAGCUACUUCAAGGGGCCGGAGUAUUAUGAGGGGAAACUAGAAGCAAAACCAGAACUUCAAGACCUAGAUGAAGAAUUUAGGGAAAACAACAUUGAAAUUCUGUCACGGUUUUACCUGGCAUUUGAAAGUGUCCAUAAGUAUGUUGUGGACCUGAUAAGAUACCUAGAUGACCUUAACGAAGGAGUAUACAUUCAGCAGACCUUGGAGACCGUACUCCUGAAUGAAGAUGGAAAACAGCUCCUGUGUGAGGCCUUGUAUCUGUAUGGAGUGAUGCUUCUGGUCAUUGAUCAGAAGAUCGAGGGAGAGGUCAGGGAGAGGAUGUUGGUGUCCUAUUACAGAUACAGUGCUGCCCGAUCCUCUGCGGACUCCAACCUGGACGACAUCUGCAAGCUGCUGCGCAGCACGGGAGCCUCCAGCCAACCGGGGUCCAAGCGGCCCGCUAACUACCCAGAGAGCUACUUCCAGAGGGUCCCCAUCAGCCCCACCUUCAUCAGCAUGGUCAUCGGGAGGCUGCGCUCAGAUGACAUCUACAACCAGGUGUCUGCUUACCCACUUCCUGAGCAUCGCAGCACAGCUCUUGCCAAUCAGGCAGCCAUGCUGUACGUCUGCUUAUACUUCACUCCCAGCAUCCUCCACACACAGCAGGCCAAAAUGAGAGAGAUUGUGGACAAAUACUUCCCUGACAACUGGGUCAUUAGCAUAUACAUGGGCAUCACUGUGAACUUAAUAGAGGCAUGGGAGCCCUACAAAGCUGCCAAAACUGCCCUGAACUACACGUUGGACACCGCUAAUAUCAGAGAACAGGCAAGCCGCUAUGCUGCUAGCAUGGACAGUCUGAAGCCUCACGUCCAGCAGCUGCUGAAAGAGGGCUUCCUCAGAGAAGAGAUUGUCCUGGACAAUAUCCCCAAGCUGCUCAACUGCCUGCGCGACUGCAAUGUUGCCAUUCGCUGGCUAAUGCUCCAUACGGCUGAAUCAGCCUAUGACCCAAAUAACAAAAGGCUGCGUCAGAUCAAAGAGCAGGUCAUCAACGACUCCAAGUACAGCUCCAAGAUUCUCUUCCAGUUGCUGCUGGACACUGCCCAGUUUGAGUUCAUUCUGAAGGAGAUGUUCAAGCAGAUGCUGACAGAGAAGCAGCUGAAGUGGGAGAGCUACAAGCGUGAGGGCUCUGAGAGGAUGACCGAGCUCGCCGAGGUCUUCUCUGGGGUCAAGCCUCUCACAAGGGUGGAAAAGAACGAGAAUCUACAGGCCUGGUUCAGAGAGAUCUCCAAACAGAUUGAGUCUCUCAAUUAUGAAGACUCCACAGCUGCUGGAAGGAAGACUGUGCAGCUCAUUCAGGCUUUAGUGGAGGUGCAAGAGUUCCAUCAGCUGGAGUCGAACCUGCAGGUAUGCCAGUUCCUGGCUGACACACGCAAGUUCUUGCACCAGAUGAUUCGCACCAUCAACAUCAAGGAGGAAGUGCUGAUCACCAUGCAGAUCGUGGGAGAUCUGUCAUACGCCUGGCAGCUAAUAGACAGCUUCACAUCCAUCAUGCAAGAGAGCAUCAGAGCGAGCCCAGCAAUGGUGACCAAACUCCGUGCCACUUUCCUCAAGCUGGCCUCUGCACUGGACCUGCCACUGCUGCGUAUCAACCAGGCCAACAGCCCAGAUCUACUCAGCGUGUCCCAGUUCUACUCUGGGGAGCUGGUGGCCUACGUCCGAAAGGUUCUGCAGAUUAUUCCGGAAAGCAUGUUCACAUCCCUGGCCAAAAUCAUCAAACUGCAGAUCCAUGACAUCAUGGAGGUCCCCACGCGUCUGGAUAAGGACAAGCUGAAGGACUAUGCCCAGCUUGGGGCCCGUUACGAGGUUGCCAAACUCACCCAUGCCAUAUCUGUAUUCACUGAGGGCAUUUUGAUGAUGAAGACGACGCUGGUUGGCAUCAUCAAGGUCGAUCCCAAGCAGCUUCUGGAGGAUGGAAUCAGGAAGGAGCUUGUGAGGCGUGUGGCUUACUCGCUCCACAAAGGCCUUAUCUUCAACCCUAAGGCCAAGCCCAGUGAACUGAUGCCCAAGCUAAAGGAGAUGGCUGCCACCAUGGAUGGGUUCUACCGCUCGUUUGAGUACAUCCAGGACUACGUCAGCAUCUACGGCCUGAAGAUCUGGCAGGAGGAGGUGUCCCGAAUCAUCAACUACAACGUAGAGCAGGAGUGCAACAGCUUCCUGAGGACCAAGAUCCAAGACUGGCAGAGUGUGUAUCAGUCAACACACAUCCCGAUUCCCAAGUAUCCCCCCAUGGACGAGUCUGCCACCUUCAUCGGACGUCUCUGCAGGGAGAUCCUCCGCAUAACUGACCCUAAAGUGACCUGUUACAUUGACCAGUUGAACACGUGGUAUGACCUGAAAACUCACCAAGAGGUGACCAACAACAGACUGUUCUCUGAGAUUCAAGACACCCUGGGGACUUUCGGUCUGAACGGCCUCGAUCGGCUCCUCUGCUUCAUGAUCGUGAAGGAGCUACAGAAUUUCCUGACGGUGCUUCAAAAGACUAUCCUCAGGGACAAAGUGGUGACUGAUGUGUUCAAAGCCCUGCUGAGUGCCGUUAACCCUGUCAAAGGCAUUGUGGCCAACGCCACCAAAGUGUACCCCAAUGCAAUGGCUAAGACUCAGAAGAUCUGGCCGGCAUAUUUGGAAUCGAUAAUGAAGGUGGGGCAGAUGCAGAUUCUGAGGCGGCAGAUUGCAAACGAGCUGAACUACUCUUGCAAGUUUGACUCAAAGCAUCUUGCCGCUGCUCUGGAAAACCUCAACAAAGCUCUUUUGGCCGAUAUUGAGGCCCACUACCAGGACCCGUCUUUGCCUUACCCUAAGGAGGACAACACGCUUCUGUACGAGAUCACUGCUUACCUGGAGGCUGCAGGGAUUCACAAUCCUCUCAACAAAAUCUACAUCACAACGAAGCGCUUGCCCUACUUCCCCAUUGUGAACUUUCUAUUCCUCAUCGCUCAGCUCCCCAAACUGCAGUACAACAAAAACCAAGGAAUGACUUGCAAGAAGGCGGCAGAUGCUGUGGACUGGCCCCCACUGGUUCUUGGGUUGGUCACACUUCUGAAGCAGUUCCACUCCAGAUACACAGAGCAGUUCCUGGCCCUGAUUGGCCAAUUUAUCCGCUCCAUCAUGGAGCAGUGCACUAGCCAGAAGAUUCCUGACAUGCCUUCAGAUGUAGUGAGUGCGCUGAUGUUUCUGGAAGACUAUGUUCGCUUCUCAAAAUUGCCUCGCAAGGUGGCUGAAGCGCAUGUUCCAAGCUUCAUUUUUGACGAAUUCCGGACUGUGAUGUGAUUUCUAUGUUAGGCCUACUACUAUGUUGCCUUCAUGGCAGCAGAAUUUAUGUCAUUUCAUUCAGUUAAGGAUACAAAUCCUGUUUUCACAUUUUGCCUUUUCAAUGUCUUAAAGCACUAAUGAAAUCAUGUAUUGUUAGACCCUUUUUUGUUUGUUUGUUUUUUUAACAAAUAGCAUUUCCAUUGGAAAUACUGUGUUGCCAUUAAAUUAUAAAUGCCAACUAUUUUAAAUAAAUCAUA